GCUGUACUGUAAAAGCUGUCAUGGAUAACUUGGAGCUGGAUGAUAUUCUAGAUGACUGGUUUAUCGAGUCGCUCAAAAUAUACAAGGAUCUACAUGUGUAUCAGCUGGAGCAUCCCACCAGGGUCAUGGAAUGGACAUCAGAAAGAACUGUUUGUGUGGCAGGGUACCAGCCAACUAAAAGUGAAAUAUUAGAGCUGUGUUUACCACUGAAACUCUUUGCUGAUGAAAAGAAGGGUCCCUGUGCAGACCGGGAUUUUAAAGUUGUCCAUGGUGGUUUCACAGACAGACCCAUUCACUGCUUAAGACACAUCCCAGGAACAAGGUUUGCUGUCACCGGUGAUGGCCUCACUGCAAAACUGCUGGUGUGGGACCUUGGAGGAGAUGACAGCGACGUGAUCCGAAGAGCAGGAAGUAUUGAGCGGAGGAAUGGUGCGGGGAGAGGUUGCAGGAUAGCAGCUGGACUCUGUCCAGAACCUUCUGUUCUUCAUGGAACUCUGCUCAGUGAUGUUCAGCUCAGCCAGCUGUCAACUGGAAAGACAUUAUAUCAGCUAGAAACAGAUUUUCCAGACGCGCUGAGUUCAUUGCAGUUCGUGAGCACCAGUGUUUUCCUCGCUUGUUCCUCCAAUGGGAACCUUUUUGUUGUGGACACACGGACUUCCUCUGUUCCUGCACCUGCACCACCACCACCUGCAGGCCAGAGGAGGGACAGCAUCUCCUGGUCUAUGGAUGCCUCCGCGGACUGCUCUGGUCCAGAUGUCACCCGUUGCAGGGUUGCACGGCUCUCCUCAUCCGGGGAGGUGUUAGUGUCAGACCUGCGCAAUGUGAAAAAUGAAGUGUGCCGGGCUCAGCUGGAUGUCCAAACCAAUGGGUCUGACUUGGAGUUUGUUAAUGUGUUGUGGGCUCCGGCGCUGGAUGACUGUAUUGCUGUGUCAGGAUUCAAUGGGGCAGUGCAGGUUUAUGACACGUCCUCCUGGGGUGUGGAGGGGAAGGACGCCCGGCCGCUGUUUGAGCACCGCGGUCACACGCCAUCCGGGACCUUGUCCAUCCGUGUGUCGACCCACCUGUGGCACCCAACCCGACCGCGGACACUGCUCUCUGCCGCCACAGACGGCUCUGUCCACCUGUGGGAUUGGGUGGACCAGACAGCGGCUGACUGCUGACGGUCUCUUACCUGGAAUUGAGCUUCACCAGUUCACAAGGCUCUUUGGUGUGAUCGUACAUGAUGCAACACGAGAGCUCAACAACUGAAAGUCCUGCAGGUGGAGACGAAGGUGAUCAGGUGUGGUUAUGGAGUAGCCACAAAAAUUCAAAAACAUCGCAGUGAGGCAUUAAUAAACACUUUUUAGUUUCUAUGUGUGAUCGCUGCGUAAGUGGUUUGUUUCCGUUGGGAAACUCCUGCAUUUACAACACGUUUCACAUUUCAUCGGUAGAAAAGUGAUGCAGCCAGGACAUUCUGUCAUCUGAAGUGAUUGUGCUUCCAUCAGAGAACAGCUGAUUUCAGAACCCUUUCAGCCUUUAGUCCGAGCUCGUUGCGUAGCCUUUAAAUGUCAGCAGUCGACCUGAGACUGAUUCAAAGAAGAUCACUAAAAUUAAACCAGUCAUCUGUUGGCUGUAUUUGCCCACAGGGUUUUUUUUUUUUUCGUACAAUGAAUGUUUGUGUAAAUAUUGGCAGCUGCGCUGAGGUUCUGUUCCAGGUCUAUCCCUCUGUGCAUGUCGUGUACAGUGGCUUGAGAAAGUAUUCACCCUCCAUAGAUAUUUCCUAUUUUGCUGUGUUAUGCAACAAAAUUUUAUACAUUUUAAACAGCUUUUUUUUUCUUGUAUAGAAGUAACUCCCUAUGUCUUUAAAAAAACAUUAAUAAUGCUUCUGAAUUGGACUAGAUGUUUUCAAUUUCUUUUGAGAGAUCAAAACAGUCACAUAUGUUGAUUUCAAACUAUAUUCAGUGGCAUGGUUGCUCAUUAAAUUGUGAUUGCUGUCAAAGGCCUAUCUGCAAAGUAUUGAUUCUGGGGGCAUUGAAUACUUUUUUUGUACAUUCUCCCAUAUUUUAAAAAUGAAUGUUCUUGAAUGAGAAAUACUUUUUGCUUUAUAUAAAUUCAACAGUGUUGACUUUUGGCUGGACCAGACCAGCGGGCCAGCCCUACAAACACGAAUAUUGCUGACUGACUGAGUGAUCAUGUUUGACAUGAUUGGGCCGCUGGAUCAGGUGACCAACAAUGUCACUGAAGUUACACAAUUGGUCAGCUGAGCACCGAGAGGCCUGAGGGAGAGCGCACCGUUAAAACACCCCAAAUAACAAUCACUCUGACCAAACACUCACUGGCGCAUUCACAAGAGGAUUGCACGGCUUUUUAAUACCAGAUAGAAAUAAGAGACUGCCCCCUGGCUAAGUGGAUUAAACCUAUUCAUGAUUUUAAGAACCUCAAGCUUAUAUGCAUUUUCAAAAUUGGGUAUAUUGUAUAUGUUUCCUAACAAUCUCAAAUCUGCAAACACCUGAGGAAGUUUGAAGCUGGGAUAUUAUAUGCUGUCUGGAGUUGUUCAAAUACACCUUUA